GAGGAACAGAAUACAGUAAGGCAGCGGUGGACAACCUGUGGCUCUUGAGCCUCAUGUGGCUCUUUCUUUAUUCAAAUGUGGCUCCCGACACUCAAAGUCACGUGACCACAACAGACCCGGAAACUGCUGCACUCCAGCCAGACAGGCAGCAGCACUACGGACACUGAGAACUGAGAGAGCCAGAUACUAAAGUGUUGCACUGAAGUGGCCUGAAGUAGAUGAGUGGAUCUGAAGACAAAAUGUUAAACAAUUCCUCCAUCUUGGCUUGGGUGGAUCCUUGUGUCCAAGAAACAUGGUUGGAGAAUGCUCUGCUCUCUGUCUGCUACCUGCUCGGACUCUUUGUAGGAGGCCUGGGAAACAUACUAGCCAUCUCAGUCUUUGCACAAGACCGUCAGCCUAAAUCACCCUCUGACAUCUUUCUCCUUCACUUGGCCCUAUCAGAUCUCUUCCUGCUGCUCAGCCUUCCCACUCGGCUCUUCUACCACCUCUCAGGAAACAGCUGGCCCUUCGGCUCGUUGGCAUGCAGACUCUCUGGAUUUGUUUUCUAUCUCAAUAUGUAUGCCAGUCUUUACUUUCUGGCAGGCAUAAGCAUUGACAGGUACUUGGCCAUCGUACACCCCCUUAACUCUGUCAAGUUCCGGAAGCCAUUACAUGCUCAUGUGACUUGUGGCUUUUUGUGGGCCAUUGUUGCAUUUGCUACUGCACCAUUACUGUUAGGCCGAGGAAUAGCAAUGGAUGAAACAGUUUGCCGAUUGCUGUACCGGGAAACUCCAUCCUUGCGAGCACUGUCAUCGCUAAGUGCUGCAUUCGCCAUCCCUUUCUUAGGCACAGUCAUUUGCUACGGUCUUAUUUUGAAGCAUCUUCGAAAAGGAGGUGACAGGAAGCCUAAGGAGCGUGCAGUAAAAAUGGUGCUGCUGGUACUUACAAUAUUCCUCAUCUGCUUUGUUCCAUAUCAUCUCAGUCGCACACUUUACCACGUGUUGAUGCCUGGAGGUGAAAGCUCUGCCAUGCUAUCUUCCUGUGAAUUGAGGCAAGGCUUAGCAUUGGCAAACAGAUUUACGUCCUGCCUCAGCACCCUGAAUGCUGCACUAGAUCCGCUGGUCUAUUUUUUUGCUGUCAAGAAAUUCCGUCAGACCUUUGCUCAUUUGCCAUGUAGACGGGAUGGGACAGACAAUGGGAAAACCCGGGAGGAAGGACGAACAGAGGACAGCUCACUCAGUGCCAAGACAGAUGUAUGAUGGGAAAUUAACUAUCAAAGAGUUAUAGAUCAGCUGGAAAAUGCUUAUUAAAUGACACCAGCAAUGGAGUGAGCCCAAUCUGGUUCGUCAAAGAACAUGAACUACUUUGCAGACAAUUUUCUCAGACAUUGCAACAAGACACAAAUAAAAAUCACUGUAAUUACUGGUGAUCAAAGACUCCAAAUCACAUCCUGCAUUGUUAAAGUCUGGCAACUUAACACACACGGAUUAUUCACCCAUUUUUGUCAUGUGAAUGGCAUUUUCUGUGGCGCCACAUAACCAAGUUGAGUGAACAAAGAAACAAAAAACAUGAACGUAUUAACUUCACACAAGUCUACAUAUAUUGCCAAACUAAUCAAAAGACUAUUUAUCAGAAACACAUAUAGCUUAUUAAAUAAUUAUGUUUAUUUAUACAAAUGUUUUACAUGCAGCUUGAAAAUUAUUAUGACAUAAACAAAUCAAAUAAAGGGGAUCUGUAAAAAUGGACUGAUUGAAAGUGAGCGCAAUACACCCCUCGGAUAUUUAUAUUUUACAGGUACUGAAUUUAGAUUGUGGGAA